AUGGCCGACCAUCCUGUAGAUGCGACGGCGGAGAAUGAUUCCAGUGGAUCGAAUGUCGCAUCGCCCCGCUCCAGCACAGAUUCCCGGACUACUUCUGUGGGCAACCGAUCUCUCCGACUUUCAUCUCACGCGUCCGGUCACCAGCACCGCCAAAGCAUGAGCGAGAGCCUUCGCGGAACUCCUGGGUCUCCGAGGGCUCGACGACAACCAUCACUCACCCAGUCCGCCAUCCAGAGCCUCAUUGAUAACCCUCCGGCUCCAAGCAAUGUCAACUCUGCAUUUGCCGGUCGCGACUGGCGGGAAAUCCAGAUUGGCGAGCUUGUCAGUCCGAACGACUUGAGAUUCGUGGAGGUCGAUACCGGGAUUGAAGAAGCGACGAAUAUCUUGAUCGAUACCGCAGCUCCGGUGCUCUUGAUCCGAGAAACGCCUGACCAGAAGUCUGCCGUGGGCACUUUCGACUACUCCGAUCUCAAUGCAUACCUUCUGUUGGCGGCAGGACUGACGCAACCCGAUGAAACGUUAUUGGCAUCGUACGAAGAACUAGCCCGAAAGGCGAAACAGGGCAUCAAGAUUCCGCUGAAGGAUGUGAAGGAUUUGGGAAGGAAAGAACCGCUGACAACGCUGCCUGCCUCGGCCAACGUGAUGACGGCCGUGCAGACUUUCGGGGGAGGCGUGCACCGCGUCGUGGUAGUCGAUGAACAAAAGGAUAGGGAAGUGAUGGGCAUCUUCAGUCAAUACCGGUUGGUCAAGUUUCUCUGGGAGAACGGACGUAGCUUCCCGGUGAUUGACCAGCUGUAUCCCCAAUCCUUGCAUGAGCUGGGAAUUGGUUCGCGCGAGGUCAUCUCAAUAAAUGGGGACCGGCCGCUCUGCGAAGCCCUUCAGGUCAUGAAUGACGAGGGCGUUUCUUCAAUCGCCGUGGUGGACAACCAUUUCAAUGUGGUGGGCAACAUCUCAACAACCGAUGUCAAGCUGCUCACCCGGUCUUCCUCACUCCCACUGCUACGCAACACCUGCACGCAUUUCAUUUCCGUUAUUCUGUCUACACGUGGCCUGGAAGAAGGCAAGGACUCAUUUCCAGUGUUCCACGUAAACCCGACCUCGACUCUAGCACAUACCGUGGCCAAGGUGGUUGCAACCAAGUCUCACCGCCUCUGGGUCACCGAUCCCCUGUCGCCCGCCUCGUCAGGGCCCCCGACCCCAUCUCAUUCUUCCGUGCACAUUCCUCUUCCGACGACUACGCAAUCUCCGCCGCAGACCCCCGCGAUCGGCAGCAAUCCGAGCCUACAGGCCCCGAAUUUCAGCUCUGCGCACUUGCCAAGCCCGCCCCAGUCGUUCCUCGGCGCGACAACCAUGGUGCCAUCGAUCCCUGCGUCAGCUCUGCCGGGGGCGCGGCUCUCGGGACGCCUGGUGGGGGUGGUGAGUUUGACGGAUAUUCUGAACCUGCAGGCCCGGGCGAGCGGGCUCAGUCCGGCCGAUCCAGCGGAGAGUCGGAGUCGACGUCGCCGGAGCAGCAGCUCGAGUGUAAGUGUGCGACGCAGUGGGGAGAUUGGGCGGGAGUUGUUCAGUGGGAGGAUUGUAUAG